AUGGACUUGCAGGUAGGAAACUCAAGCAUCCCCUAAGCGCAAAGAUCACCACCAAAUCAGCUUCCCUAGAUAAGAAAUGCUUACAAGCCACAAAGAAUACUUGCAGCAUCUCCAAACAAUGACAACAAAUAAGCUUCCUACAGUAAAUUCAUGACAAAGAGCUUCAGUUAGAACUCAAUUAGAGUUGCAGGUCUUGACACCACAACUUCAUAUAAAGAUGAUCCUUCUGCAAUUUAUAACAUAUAAAUGAACUUAGAUUUGUCUCUACUUUAAGCAAAGCAGGAAAAGUUCAACUCAGUAAAGCAACUGUAUGCAAUGGAGUAAAAAGUGCUAAAGCUGAAGAAAAGGGAAGAUUAAUUACAAAAGAAGCUUGAAAAUUAAAUGAAGAGAGAUGAGGAGCUCGCAAUGGUCAGAUAAAGCUACGAUGAAAAGUUAGCAGCCUUGAAGAGAGCAUAGAUGGAAAGAGAAAAACAGAUGAAUGAUUAUUAUGAAAAAAAUGCAAAUAACAAGAGCUUGAGUAGAAUGAACAAAUCAGAGAAGAUCAAUGAGAUUUUCUCAAUGAAGAGAGAGUCUGCGGUUGAUGUCAAGGCUCAAAGAAAAAAUUUGGAUUAGGAAAAGGAAAGACAGAAACAAGAGAUGCUUAAUCAAAAGUACUAUAGCGCACAAAUGAUUAAACAGCAACAGAACUAAGCCAAAGAGAAGAUGAAUAUGUACAAAAACUAUAAGGAUUAACAGAGAAAGAUUAGCUAUAUUGAGAGGGUUAACAUGGAGAAAAAUAAAAAGGAUAGAAAUGAUCAGAAAGCUUAAUAGUUAAUGAGUGUAGAAUAGGAGUUGCUUGACAAGCUAAAGAAGUCUCAAGAGUUGUUAAGAUCCACAAGAAGACAAGGAGAACCUUUCUCAUUGACUUAGUCUUAAUCUGAUAUGAAUUUCAGAUCAUUAUGA